CAAAACAAUGAGCUUACGUGUUGGAGUUGCUGGGUAGACAACUUGAAAACGACGUAGUUCAAGUCAUCACAAGACGGUGCCUGAGGACUGCAGACGACCAUUGAUUAAUUUGUUUCGACUAAAUCUUCUUUUGCGGUUGCAACAUCUAUUUCCUGUUGUCGGAUAUGGCAGCUGACUGCGAGGCCUGGCUGAACUCGAACCCCGUCGAAGUCGACAAUGGGAGUGACUCGUUUGUGUCUGAAGACGAAAACAACGGCGGUGCACUGACCGCCAACAAGAACAUCAGCAACGAGAUCAAUGGCAACUGGCUGUUGUCGUCGAGCAGCAGCAUCCACGAGGCACGUCUCAAGGCCAAGGCUAAACGAAGGCUCAGGAAGAACUCAUCCAGGGAUUCUGGCAGAGGGGACUCCCUUAGUGAUAAUGGCGAUUUGGUCAGGGGGACAAGCGUGGCCCCCACGAGCCCCAAGAGUAAGCUGCUGGACAGGAGGUCCAGACUGGGUAAAGGCCGAGGUCUGCCAAAGAAAGGUGGGGCUGGAGGCAAAGGUGUGUGGGGCAGAUCCGGUGAGGUGUAUGAACCAGAACAUGUAGAUGAGAAAGACCCCAACUAUGACGAAGCUCAGGAAAACUGCGUGUAUGAGACUGUGGUACCCCCGCUGGAUGAGAGGGACUUUGAGAAGACGGUCACGCCCAUCGUGCAGGAGUACUUCGAACACGGAGACACAAAUGAAGUUGCGGAAUUGCUAGCAGAUCUGAACCUGGGGCCCAUGAGAAGCGAAGUGCCCUCGCUGGCUGUGUCGUUGGCGCUGGAGGCCAAGGCCAGUCACCGGGAGCUGACCUCCAGGCUGCUGGCUGAUCUCUGUGGGCCCGUUUUAAUUCGCAGUGACAUGGAGAAGUCCUUUGACAAACUCCUACGAGAGCUGCCGGAUCUGGUGCUGGACACACCUGGAGCCCCGCAGCUAAUGGGCCAAUUCAUCGCACGAGCUGUUCGUGACCAAAUAUUGUCGAAGAGCUACAUUGAGGGAUACAAAGGCAGAGUUGGCUGUGAAUACACGAGGGCGGCCCUAGACCGGGCGGCUGUGCUUUUGAAGAUGAGUAAGGGUGGGGUUCGUAUAGAUAACCAAUGGGGCGCAGGCGGUGGCCAGAGACCUGUCACGCAGCUUGUCAAAGAGAUGAACCUGCUGCUAAAGGAAUACAUCCUAUCCGGCGACAGCAAGGAGGCUGAGCGGUGCCUGAAAGAUUUAGAGGUUCCUCAUUUUCACCAUGAGUUUGUCUAUGAGGCUAUAGUCAUGGUAUUGGAGUCCAAGGGAGAGAAGACAUUCAAAAUGGUUCUGCAGCUUUUUAAGUCACUCUCUGUGUCCUCCAUUAUCACUGUGGACCAAAUGAGAAGGGGCUAUGAAAGAGUUUAUAUGGAUAUAGCUGAAAUUAACAUAGAUGUUCCUCGUGCGUACUUCAUCCUUGAGCAAUUUGUUGAAAAGAGCUUCAAUAUGGCAAUCAUUGAUGUAAAGUUACGAGAUCUUUGUCCCUGUAGGGGUCGCAAGAGAUUUGUCAGCGAAGGAGACGGGGGUGUCAUCAAAACUGAAAGCUAAGGAGAAGUGCUUUUUUUCAGCUCCAGUACUUUUUUACUUGCAUAGUUUUCCAAACUAGGGGCAAAAAAAAUGCACUUUUGAAACUGAAGCUCACUGGAUGAUUUCCUUCCAUGUUUCAAUAUAAACAAUAACCUAAGUUAACCCUGAAAGUGCCACACCUGUGUGUCAGUCAUUCCAUGUUAUGAUGUACAGUAUUCAACUGAGUUCACUGCCACACCUUUUGUGUGUUCUACGAGGCAAACAUUUGUACACACAACUGCUUUGUGUUAAGAGCUUUAUAGAAUGGCGUAUGGAAAAUAAAGGGGAGAAUGUUGUAUGCAAUACUGGCCCCCCUUUACUAGCUGCUUUUUCUAUGCUGUGUGACUCAUUUUCUGAAGGUCAAUUCAGGUUCCAAGAAGUGGUGUGAAAGAGUGUUUAUUUUUAUAUCAAUCGCAUACUGGUACUCAUGAUUUGCCAUGUGUUUCUCUUUGUCUGUUCAUUAAAACAACUAUAAAGAAUAAGA